GCCGCUGGCCGGGGCGCUCGGCCGGCCGGGCGCAGAGGGGUGCAUGGCCGGGGCGGCGGCAGCCGGAGCAGCCGGAGCAGGGGUGGCCGAGCCGCGCUCCGCUCCGCGGCAGCCCCCCGAGCAACUUUCCGGCGCGGCGCGGUGCGGGAGCGGGGCGAUGUGACCCUCCCCGGCAGCAGCUCGGAGCGGAGCCCCCCGCCGCCGCCUCCAUCCUCCCUCUCUCCCUCCCCGGCGGGGCCCGCAGCCCGGGGCGGGAGCGCGGAUGCGGCGCGGAGCCCCGCGGAGCCCAGCGCGGGGCCGGGGCCGGGCCCUGGCGGGGCGGGCGGCGGGAGGAGGCGCGGGGGGAUGCUGAGCCCCGCAGCCCGGCACCGCGCCCGCCGCCGGGAGAUGCUCCUCGUGGUCGCCCUGUGGCUGGCGUGGCAAGAAGCACCCGCGGCGCCGACCCCCGCGGCGGACGACAUCACCCGGGGAGUUGACUGGCUGACGAAAUUUGGGUAUCUGCCUCCUCCAGAUCCCGUCACAGGACAACUGCAGACGCAGGAGGAGCUCACCAAGGCCAUCACUGCCAUGCAGCGCUUUGGGGGGCUCGAGGCAACGGGGGUCCUAGAUGAAGCUACGCUGGAGCUGAUGAAGACCCCUCGUUGCUCUCUGCCCGACCUUGCCACCACGGAGGCCAGGAGGAAGCGAUUCGCGCAGGCUGUUACCAAGUGGAGCAAAAGGAACUUGUCUUGGAGAGUUCGCACCUUCCCGAAAGAGUCCCACCUGGGCCAUGACACAGUCCGAGCCCUGAUGUACUACGCCCUGAAGGUCUGGAGCGACAUCACACCGCUAAAUUUCCACGAAGUGGCAGGUAACAACGCCGACAUCCAGAUAGACUUCUCCAAGGCAGAUCACAACGAUGGCUAUCCCUUUGAUGGACCUGGUGGGACAGUGGCGCAUGCUUUCUUCCCUGGAGACCAUCACACGGCAGGAGACACCCAUUUUGACGAUGAUGAGUAUUGGACCUUCCGAUCAUCAGACACUCAUGGGAUGGACCUAUUUGCUGUAGCUGUCCAUGAGUUUGGCCAUGCCAUUGGCUUGACCCACAUCUCUGCCAUAGAGUCUAUCAUGAGACCCUACUACCAAGGUCCGGUGGGGGAUCCUCUGAAGUAUGACCUGCCUUAUGAGGACAAAGUGCGAAUCUGGCAGCUCUACGGAGUCAGGGAAUCUGUGUCCCCCACAGCCAAACCUGAAGUAAGCAAAACUGAUGACCAUCCUAUCCUGCCGGAGCUGCCAGAGAACCGCUCCACCGUCCCGCUCAGGCGGGAUGUGCCCAACAGAUGCAACACUCACUUUGAUGCAGUGGCCCAGAUCCGGGGAGAGGCUUUCUUCUUCAAAGGCAAGUACUUCUGGAGACUGACUCGCAAUAAGCACUUGGUCUCCCUCCAGCCGGCUCAGAUCCACCGCUUCUGGCGGGGCUUGCCGCUCAACCUGGACAGCCUGGAUGCGGUCUACGAGAGAACCAGCGACCACAAGAUCGUCUUCUUCAAAGGAGACAGGUACUGGGUCUUCAAAGACAAUAACGUGGAGGAAGGAUACCCACGGCCCAUCUCGGACUUUGGUCUGCCACCGGGAGGAAUCGACGCCGCUUUCUCCUGGGCCCACAAUGACAAGACUUAUUUCUUUAAGGACAAUCUGUACUGGCGCUACGAUGACCACGAGCGGAGGAUGGAUCCCGGGUACCCUUCAGAGACCAUCCUGUGGAAGGGAAUACCAAGCCCUUUAGAUGAUGCCAUGAGGUGGUCAGAUGGUGCAAGCUACUUCUUCAGGGGCAAGGAGUACUGGAAAGUGCUGGACAGUGACCUGGAGGCCCAGCCUGGUUAUCCCCAGUCCAUCGCUAGAGACUGGCUGGUGUGCAGCGACAUGCAGUCCGACUCCCCAGAAGCAGCCGGGAGCAGCAGGACUGGGGCACGCUCCAAACCAGGGCAGCAUGACGAGAGCCGCUCGGAAAAUGGCUACGAGGUCUGCUCCUGCACUUCGGCCUCCCCGUCCCUCCGGGCUUGCCCUGUGCUCAGACUGUCAGCCGGCCUCGUGCUGACGAGCGUGUGGACAGCAGCACUGAUGUGUGCAGCCCUAUGACACCCCAUCCCACAGGCGAGGCAACGCCACGGUGCUCCAGGGAGGGGAGGUGGAUACGAUCUCGUGAUGCUAACUGUCGCAAGCAGAAACACAUUCCUAGGAACAUGCCAGUGAAGGGUUUGAAUUCUCCAUGAGAAAUGAACAGUGGCUUUUGGGUUUUUUUUCUUUUUAAUUUUAGUUUAAAGGUCUAAUAACAGAUUUUGAGUUCUGCACCUCCUUAUUCCCCCAUCCGGUUAAAGAUGAGAGCAGCCUAACGUUGAAUUUAGAAAUGUUCCAUAGAGAUGUGUUGCUUUGGAUGUUUAAAUGCAGCAAACGAGGGAGGGGAGAGCUACUGCGGUUGAACGGGAACAGGAGAGAUGCUGCUGAGACAGAUGGCAACAUCCCGGAGGAAAGGCAGCAAGGCCAUAGGCGAGAGGCGGUAGCUGUACGCUGGCACAAUGUACACAUCCUAUUGGAUGUACUAGGUAGAAAGAAACUUUGACUCCGCUAAGAUUAACUGCAAGGUGAUCAUUUUACUGUCAAACCUGCUGUGGUCACUGAUGUCUCGGUAACCUGUAUCAGUUUCUACGGGUCAGAAACACCUUUGCCUUUCAGAAGGCAGUGCAGCUUAUCUUUGUAUCCGAGUCAUUUGAAUUUAACAAAUUCUCUAAUAAACCUUGGCUGCCUACACAGAGAUCUCCCAGUCCUCUGCCAGACCAAGCCUGCCACCUGCAGUAAGGUGCUGACUACUGAGGCUCGGGAGCAGCCUCACCUCUAUGCAAGGAGCAACCUUGCUGCGUGCAGCCAAAUGAGAUGCAAUUACACCCACCUCCCCAGCCUAGUCCCCUCUUGGAAUUCCUCUUCCAGGUUACUUUACAUUUUGGGAGGGAUCAAGAUGUAUCGCAUUCGUUUGAGACCGUCAUAUACCUGGCUGUGCUGUGGAGGAUGGGCCAGAGUGGGGAGGGAUGCUGCACAGUCAGCCUCAAACUCUUCUUGGUGCCUCUGCCAGGAGUUUGGAGUGACAGAAGCAAGGUCAAGUGCUGCGUUAGGAUGUUCCUGUUUUGUUUUUUUUUCUCACUGCUAAUCCUUUUCUGCAGUAUAAUUUGGGCAUCUGAGAGUCCUUCAGAGUGGUGAGUGAGAACCUGUGCUAGGAACUGCAACAGAGAUGUCAGGAAGGCCAGGGUCUUUCAGUCGGCUGUUGUCACGGGAUGGUAGAGAAAUGAGCAGCAGCCACUGGGACACGCUGUUCUGCUCUGCCCUGCUUCUGUAAAGCUCCUACAGCAAUGCCUCUUGCUGCCUCCGCCAGGCCCAGCAGCAGGCAGAAAGCCGCAGGCAGUGUCACUGUGUCAUCGUGGGACCCACGGCUGCCUCCCCUGGCCCAGGUGCCUGCCAGGGCAUUUGCCACGGGGCCAGGCAUAAGGCAAAGACCUCCAUGGCACAGCAGGAAAGGAAGGAGAAGUGCACAGUUGCCUCCUCAUAGGAAAAAAAAAAGGUCACCUUGAGUUUCCCUCUCUGCUGUUUGUAUUUUUAAAUAAUCCCAAUCAUUCACGGGGUGCAGCUGUUAGGACGAUGUGCUAGUGUGAUUUUACAGGGCACGAUUCAAUGGAAACCUCCCAUUAAAACCAUUAAAUAUCCUUUUAAAAUACAAACCAAAAAAAAAAACCUCACAGGUAGCAGCUCCUUUGGCUGAGUAAAUCCGCCUCUGGUGUUCCCACUGCAUCAAUCUGGAUCUGCUCAAAGCAGCUCCCCCGUCCCACCGCUGCCGGCCAGGCCGAGCGGGGGCUGCAGGGGCAGGGCGUUGUGAGUUGCCAUCACGGGAGAUGGGACUUUCCUUCGGGUCGCAUCUCUUUUCUUCCUCUCCUCUCUCGAGUAGAGAAGAUGUGGCUUUUAGCGCUUGCUGGUGUGACACUGCAUGAAGGUCAGCAUGUUAAAGGUUCCUCUUGGAGAUGAGGCCAGGUAGGAGCACAGCAUCUCGGGGAAAACACCCCCUCUCUUUUUCUUCCUCUUUUUUUUCUUUUUUUUUUUUUUUGGGUCUUCCUCCACAAAAGAAAUACCCAGAAGCUGCACCUGAAGGAUCAGAGGAGGCAGGGACGUGACUAGCGCUGCUUCCAUGGCUUCUCCGGCCCAACCAAGGAGCCUGUUGUGGUGACAAGGACCGGGGACCCUGCAGCCAUGCUGAUGUGGUCACCGUGGUGCUGGGACCCACGCUAAUGGGAUGUCGCGUUAAAUUAAGUUUAUUUAACAUGGGGGGACUGUGAUUUAUAAAUAAAGCCUGUGGAAAGGCUUUCAAUACACCCUUCUCUACUUCAAAUUAUGGAUUUUGCUGAUGAGAAAUGGAGCAGGAAUCAGGGCUCCACUGCUGCCAGAUAACCCUUGGGGAGGAUGGAGAA